CUCAUGAACCAUAUCACUGCUAGCUAAGCAUAAUCGACAUCUAGCUACUCCGUACCUUCUCCUCCACUGUCCAUUGUCAUCGUCCUCACUUCUCAACAUUAAAUACUCAUCAUGGGCGUUUUCACUUUCUCCGAAGAGAACAUCUCCGCCGUUGCCCCUGCCACGCUUUACAAGGCUCUGGUCUUUGACGGCGACAAUCUCAUCCCCAAGGUUGUUGACGCCGUCCAGAGUGUCGAGAUUCUCGAAGGAACCGGUGCCCCUGGAACCAUCAAGAAGAUCAACUACCUCGAAGGAGGACAAUUGCACUAUGCGAAGCACAAGGUAGAAGCCGUGGACAAGGACAACUUCGUAUACAAUUAUACCUUGGUAGAGAGCGACACUUUCCCUGAGACAUUGGACAAGAUCGUCGUUGAGACCAAGUUGACGGCUGCCCCUAAUGGCGGAUCCGUCGUUAAGGUGACCGUUAAUUACGUGACAAAGGGAGAUGCCAAGCCUAGCGAAGAAGAGCUCAAGAUUGGGAAGCAGAAGGGAGAUGGACUUUUCAAGGCUGUGGAGGCUUAUGUGUUGGCCAAUCCCUCUUACAACUGAAGGAGCUGGUGUCAAACCAUGAUAGAUUAUAAUAUGGUGGUCCAUAUAUAUAUAUAUAUAUAUAUAUAUAUAUCUUAGCCUUGAUCACUAAUAUGAUCUUCCAUUAAUUAAUGAAGUUUAUGUAACUUUAUGGCUAAUUAAUUUGGUUUCCACCAUAUGUGCGUCUUUUGUAUUGGCUGCAAAUUGAUUUGUCCUUUCUCGUCCUUUUUCUUCUGAAUUAUAAAUGUUUCGGAUUUUUGGCACACAAGUAUUUCAUUUGA